AUGAACCCCGGGAGCCGGAGGCUGAAGUUUGGAGUUCUGACAGCACUCCGGGCUUUCACAGUCUCGUUGCUGAUCUGUGACCAGGUGCACUCCCAUGGAGGGACUCUUUUCAGCAGCCCCGUUCAGCAAAGACCAACGGUGAGGCGGCCACAUCACAACACUACGGUGCCUCUUCAGCUUGUCGGACAUGAAUGGAAGCCAAUCAGCCAGCUCAAAUCCCAGAGUCACCCCCCAUCACUGAAGCUCCGUAUUGAAGCGGAAGGUGAGCAGCUGCUCUUGGCUGUGAGGAAGAACGAGGGGCUGUUUGCAAGUAACUACUCAGAAACCCAUUACCUUGAAGACGGCAGUUCAGUCACAGGCCCUCACAACUUCACGACAAACUGCUACUACCAUGGUGAGGUGGAGGGUCACGUCAACUCAGAUGUCACACUCAGUACUUGUGCAGGAAUUAAGGGUUUUAUAUCUCUUGGAGGCAGAUCUUAUGUGCUGGAGCCAUGUGCUGAUCACUCGGACGGGACUCACUGGAUCUAUUCCGCAGAACACCUCAGUUUUGUUCCUGGCACCUGUGGCCAUAAUUUCAACAUAUCCCACCCCACGUCACGCGCAGCCGGCAGUCCGUUCAAAGCCUUCGGUGCACGACAUAAGCGCCACGUCCAGACAACGACCAAGUAUGUGGAGCUUAUCAUUGUGGCUGACAACAGAGAGUUUCAGAAACAGGGCAAAGACUUGGAGAAGGUCAAGCAACGGCUGGCUGAGAUCGCCAAUUACGUGGACAAGUUUUACAGGGCUUUGAAUAUCAGAGUAGCACUAGUGGGUCUGGAGGUGUGGAGUGAUGUGGAUAAGUGUCCCAUUACUCAGGAUCCCUUCACCACCUUGCACGAGUUUCUGGACUGGAGAAAGGUCAAGCUGUUACCCAAGAAGCCACACGACAACGCCCAGCUAAUCAGUGGAGUGUAUUUCCAGGGUACCACUAUUGGAAUGGCACCCAUCAUGAGUAUGUGCACAGCCGAGCAAUCAGGAGGAAUUGUCAUGGACCAUUCGGACAAUCCCCUGGGUGCUGCAGUCACUCUGGCCCAUGAACUUGGACACAACUUCGGAAUGAACCAUGACACCCCAGAAAGAGGGUGCGGCUGCAGAGUAACUGUGGAUCGGGGAGGAUGCAUCAUGACUCCCUCCACAGGGUAUCCCUUUCCUACAGUAUUCAGCAGCUGCAGCAAGAAGGACCUUACAGCUAGUUUUGAAAAAGGAGUUGGAAUGUGUCUGUUCAACAUGCCCGAGGUUAAAGUGUUAUACGGUGGGCAGAAAUGUGGCAAUGGCUAUGUGGAGGAGGGAGAGGAGUGUGACUGCGGAGAACUGGAGGAAUGCAUGAAUCCCUGCUGCAAUGCAACCACCUGCACUUUGAAGGGAGACGCUGUCUGUGCACAUGGGCACUGUUGCCAGGACUGUCAGCUGAAGCCGGCGGGGACUCCUUGUCGUGAGUCCAGUAACUCCUGUGAUCUGCCUGAGUUUUGCACCGGUACCAGCCCCCACUGCCCCUCUAACGUCUACCUUCACGACGGCCACUCCUGCCAAAAUGUCGACGGCUACUGUUAUAACGGCAUAUGCCAGACCCAUGAGCAACAGUGUAUAACGCUGUGGGGCCAAGGAGCCAAGGCAGCUCCGGGCAUCUGCUUUGAGAGGGUCAACUCAGCAGGAGACCCGUAUGGAAAUUGUGGCAAGGAUUCGAAAGGCUCUUUUGCCAAAUGCGAAGUGAGAGAUGCUAAAUGUGGCAAAAUCCAGUGUCAAGGAGGAGCCAACCGCCCAGUAAUUGGCACCAACGCUGUUUCCAUAGAAACAAACAUACCCCUGCAGGAAGGGGGAAGGUUACUGUGCCGGGGUACACAUGUCUACUUGGGUGAUGACAUGCCGGAUCCUGGCCUCGUGCUAAUGGGGACCAAGUGUGGAGAUGGGAUGAUGUGUCUCAAUCGUCAGUGCCAGAAUGUCAGUGUUUUUGGGGUGCACGAGUGUGCCGCCAAGUGCAGUGGCAGAGGGGUGUGCAACAGCAACAGAAACUGUCACUGUGAGGCGCACUGGGCACCUCCCUUCUGCGACAAGGCAGGUUUUGGUGGGAGUGUGGAUAGUGGCCCCAUCAGACUUGCAGACAGCCGAAAUCUGACAGUGGGCAUCCUGGUGGCUCUCCUCACCGUGCUGGGAGCUGCUCUGGUCAUCUGCAUCAAGAGGAAAACUUUGUUUGGUCUAAUGUUCACGAAUAAGAAGAGCCCAAUCGAGAAGCUCAGAUCAGAAAGCGCCGCAAUCAGCGGCCCAUCGGCUCCUAACCAGUCUCCCUCGGCCAGCUCAGCGUCUCCGUCCCGUCCAGCCCCGCCUGUGACACACAGCGCCACCAUCUUUAAGUCUCCGUACCGGGGGCCGGAGACGGGGCUUCCCCCGGCACCCUGCCCUUCCCACAGCCUGCGCAAAAUCCCCCAGUGCCCGCCGGUCCACCUCAGCCACCCAGUCCCCCUGUCCCUCACCCUGUCCAUCUCCCCCGGGCCCAGGCAGCCCCGGCCCCCAGCGCCCCCCCCUCACCGGGCCCCCCCGCCCCACAUCCACGUGGCACCCAGGGGGGCAUCUUUUCGCAGCGCGUCGCAUCACAACUCUUGCAGGAUGGUCACGGAGUUGGAGAAGCCCAGUCCUCCUCAGAAACCUUUACCUGCUGAUCCGAGAACCUCUCGUCUGGUGCGAAAUCCCUCUGUGGUGAAGGGCCAUUCUGUAGUCCAAGGCCCCUCUGCUGUUUGUAGCUCUGUACGUGGAGGCCCCAGACCUGGACGUCCUGCUCCUCACCCCAACAGGCCGAAUCCCAAGCAACCUCCAACUCUACCAAAGCCUUGCAUAAUUGCCAGCGUCAAAUACAGCAGCUGAGGCUUUGGCCAGAAGGGACAUUGUGGGGACUACUCACAAAGAAUUUUUGCACUAUGAAAACUGAAGACCUUAAAAAAAAAAAAAGAUGGUGGCAUCUCUGAGCUUUGAAUUGGGAGUUUUGCUCUGUCCCUUUGGUGCUUUGUCUCUGAAUGGUGCUAAGAGUCUUAGCUCAGGUACAUGUAAAGUAUUUAUAUUCUGUAUUUAUUGCCACCAAGGUGCACUGUGCCAGACACUUUUACCACACGGUAUGAAAUAUUCUUUUUUGUUUUCCAUAUCAACUGAUCUCUAAGAAGGUGAAGGAGUGAAAUUUUUAAAAGAAACGGUGAAAAAUGUGAUUGCAAAAAAAUGUUCUGUGCAGACUUUUAAUGAAGGGAACCUUGUGCAGUUUUUUCUUCUUUUUUUUUGUUCUAUGUACUACAUGUAGAAAUGAAAAAGUGUAUCGUGCAAUGACAGGUGAGAGGUCAAAAUUUCUUGAAGGGGAAUGCUCUCUUUAGCAUCUUUGAGCCAGUCUGAUAAGACUUGAAACAACCACAGAAAAAAAUAUACUGGUGUUACUGCAAGCCGGCCUGUUUCUGCUUCAUCUCUAGAAAGGUGACUUAUGAACUGUUUGUGGUUUACCAUUUUCUUCUUUACCAACCUUAUAAUCUCUCUGUUGGGGAGAGGAGGGUUGACCACAGAUCUAAAAGGAGCUGAGGUAAAGAAAACAAGUGUCCCUGUGGAAAAUGAACUCUAAAAGAUUGGGUUUUGUAACAACUUGACUUCAUACCUCUCGGCAUAAAACACCAUGAACUCACUUAGAACCGUGGCCACAUGUAAACCGCCACUGUCUGUUCAUAUGUUGAAUCUCAAUCAUGUUUUUCCUCUGACAGGAAAGGACACUUUCACUUGAAAAGGAUGUGCUGUUAUUUUGUUUGUUUCUUUUACUUUUAAAUGAAUUUUUAGAACCAUUUAGUAUUUUUAGAGCCAGUUUUUAUGCCAGAUAUGGAGUUCAUCUUAUACUGAAGACUGUUUCAUAAUUCUGGAAGAAUGGGUACCUUACAUAAAAGCAGUGCAGCAUAUAUACAAUCACCCUCUGCAACGUUUCCUUUAGGCACGGCUGUUCUUUACAAAUAUGUUGGCUGAAAACCGAUAUGGACCGUUUUUUAUUACUUUUGAUACUGUUCUCUCUAUAAUAAAGCACUAGCUUUGCUUCUCCAACUAUCUGUGUCCAUGUAUUAACGGCAUAUGAGUACUAUCUUCUGUGUACGCUUUGUCUGUAUGUUCUUUGCAUCUUGUGUUACAGGUGAACACAAUUUCAUGGAGAAUUUCUUCUUUUCUAUUAUUAUGACUGUUCGACACUUCAUUUGUAAAGUAAAGUGUCAAGUGUGAGCUCAUUGUAUUUUAAACACAAACAAGCAGCAUUAGUAAAACAGUUUUUCAAACACA